CGGUGCGCGGCGAGCGGGGCCGGGCGCAGGAUGCGAGGCGCCGCCGCCGCCCUGCCCCCUGCUCGCUCGCAGCCAGCGCCCGAGGAGGAGGAGGAGCAGCAGCGGGAGGAGCGGCCGCACUCGCAGGAGCCGCCGCUGCGGUAGAGCAUGAGCGGGGCCGCGGAGAAGCAGUCCCCCGGCGCGGGAACUCCCGCCGCAGCGGAGAAAGCGGCGGCCGGGGGGGACGCGGGGCCGGAGCCGCCGCCGCCGCCUUCGAUGCUGAGCGUGGAUGUGACGGGCUUGGUGUCGCAGUUCGCCAGGAGCUUCGUGCUGAUCUUCCCCGUGUACGUGCUGGGCUACCUGGGGCUGAGCUUCAGCUGGGUGCUCAUCGCCCUGUGCGGGCUCUUCUGGAUCCGGCGGCACCGCGGCGGCAAGACCUCCCGCCUGGGCCGGGCGCUCGCCUUCCUGGAGGACGAGGAGGAGGCGGUGCGGCUCAGCGUCUCCUCCGCCGAUCUGCCUGCGUGGGUCCAUUUUCCAGAUACGGAGAGAGCAGAAUGGCUCAACAAGACUGUAAAACAAAUGUGGCCUUUUAUUUGCCAAUUUAUUGAGAAACUCUUUCGGGAGACCAUAGAACCAGCAGUAAGAGGAGCAAACAACCACCUCAGUACCUUCAGUUUCACGAAGAUUGAUAUUGGUCAUCAGCCUCUGAGGAUAAAUGGUGUAAAAGUCUACACUGAAAAUGUGGACAAAAGGCAGAUCAUUUUGGAUCUUCAGAUCAGUUUUGUUGGAAAUUGUGAAAUUGAUUUGGAGAUCAAGAGAUACUUCUGUAGAGCUGGUGUAAAAAGUAUACAGAUCCAUGGUACUAUGAGGGUUAUCCUGGAACCACUAAUUGGAGACAUGCCCCUAAUUGGAGCACUAUCACUUUUUUUCCUUAGGAAACCUCUUUUAGAAAUAAACUGGACUGGACUGACCAACCUUCUGGAUGUUCCAGGGCUGAAUGGCUUAUCAGAUACGAUAAUAUUGGAUAUAAUAUCCAACUACCUGGUCCUUCCAAAUAGAAUUACAGUCCCCCUUGUCAGUGAAGUGCAGAUUGCUCAGCUGCGGUUUCCUAUACCAAAGGGUGUUGUAAGAAUACAUUUUAUUGAGGCUCAGGACUUGGAGGGUAAAGAUACUUACCUAAAAGGGAUUGUCAAAGGCAAGUCAGAUCCUUAUGGAAUCAUCCGUGUGGGCAACCAGAUUUUCCAAAGCAAGGUCAUCAAAGAAAAUCUCAAUCCAAAAUGGAAUGAAGUUUAUGAGGCCUUAGUAUAUGAACAUCCAGGACAGGAGCUAGAGAUUGAGCUCUUUGAUGAAGAUCCAGACAAAGAUGACUUCCUUGGAAGUUUGAUGAUAGAUUUAAUUGAGGUUGAAAAGGAGCGACUUUUAGAUGAGUGGUUUACUUUGGAUGAGGUGUCCAAAGGGAAAUUGCAUUUAAAACUGGAAUGGCUCACAUUGAUGCCAACAGCAGAAAACCUAGACAAGGUGUUAACAAGCAUUAGAGCUGAUAAAGACCAAGCCAAUGAUGGGUUGUCUUCUGCAUUGCUUAUUCUCUAUUUGGACUCGGCAAGAAACCUGCCUCAUAAUCCAUUAGAAUUUAACCCUGAUGGCUUGAAGAAGUCCGCUGUUCAGAAAGCCCUGAAGUCAGGAAAGAAACUAAACAGCAAUCCCAACCCACUUGUUUUGCUGUCAGUUGGACAUAAGGCACAGGAAAGUAAGAUUCGAUACAAGACCAAUGAACCAGUAUGGGAGGAAAAUUUCACUUUCUUUGUACACAAUCCCAAAAGACAGGAUCUUGAAGUUGAGGUGAGGGAUGAACAGCACCAAUGUUCUCUAGGGAACUUCAAACUGCCUCUAAGCCAGUUGCUGGAGAGUGAAGAUUUGACGAUGCAUCAGCGGUUCCAGCUGAGCAACUCCGGUCCAAACAGCACUAUAAACAUGAAGAUUGCACUCAGGGUCCUUUCUCUUGAAAAGCAAGCAAGAUCUCCAGAUCAUCAACACUCAGCGCAAGUAAAAAGGCCGUCUGUUUCCAAAGAUGCAAGAAAAUCAUCUUUUAAGCCUCAGGUUCCUGUCUCGCCACCGCUCGAUUCAAGCAAACAUGUUCCAUCUUCCCCGGCUACAGACAGUGAUAGAAAGACUGAUGUGGCUGAAAAAAGUCAGCCUCCUAAUGCAAGUCCACAGUGGCCAACAGAUCUCAGCCGAAGUUCCUCCAGUCUUCAUGCCUCUAACUUCAAUUAUUCUCCCAGCCACCUCUCAGUGAAAGAACCAACUCCUAGCAUAGCCUCAGACAUAUCUCUGCCCAUUGCCACCCAGGAGCUACGGCAAAGACUACGGCAACUUGAAAAUGGAACAACUCUGGGGCAGUCUCCGUUAGGACAGAUACAGCUAACAAUUCGUCAUAGUUCACAAAGAAACAAAUUGAUUGUGGUAGUGCAUUCCUGCAGAAAUCUAAUAGCAUUUUCAGAAGAAGGAUCUGAUCCAUACGUUCGAAUGUAUUUGUUGCCAGAUAAGAGAAGAUCAGGAAGAAGAAAAACACACGUAUCAAAGAAGACAUUAAACCCGGUGUUUGAUCAGAUAUUUGAUUUCAGUGUUUCCCUGCCUGAAGUACAGAGAAGAACACUAGAUGUAGCAGUGAAGAAUAGUGGUGGUUUCUUGUCCAAAGAUAAAGGACUGCUUGGCAAAGUACUGAUACCUCUGGCAUCUGAAGAACUUGCUAAAGGCUGGACCCAGUGGUAUGAUUUAACAGAAGAUGGUACAAGACCACACGGUGCGAGCUAGGCCCAUGGAUGCUGGGAAUUCCCUGCACGUACUUGCGCCAACCUUUAUAUAUUUUUAAAGCAUUGUUCUCACAGAUGUACCAAUAUUAUUUUUAUAGCUUUACCAAUUUAGUUGUUAGACACAUCCCCAAUAAUUUUAUAAUGCUCGGCCAUUUUAUGUAGACAUAUUCCUUCUCAUUGUUAAACUUUGUAUUUUAAUUUGCUCAACAAUUUUACGUGUUACUGUCAUGUGCAAUAAUACAGUAAUGUAACCUUUUGUGUUUAAAUUGAUCUUUAUGGCAGUUAAACCAAUUAGAAAGUGAAAAGAUGUUCUGCUGUUUUCCUGCCUUGUUUUAUAUCUCACCAAGAUAUACUGUACCAUGUAAAUAUAUACUAUUUUUUUAUAAUUCUUUCAUGCUGGUUUGAAUUCAGAAGAAAAUUGGAUAAAGGAUAUAGAUAUUUUCUUCUAAAUGCAUGUUAAUUUCUUCAAAUGAAUCUCUUUUGUCUUUGCAGCACAAUGGUCUUAAUGUUUAUCAUUUUGUGAUAGUCUUCAUAUACAAACUGCAGAAAAACGUUUUUACUUUAUCGUGCUUCUGGCCCGGCGUGGCAAAUUUAAAAUGUACAAAACAUUAACAUUUUAAUAUUUAUAUAUAAAUGUAUUAUUCAAAAAUCGCACUAUAGAAUAUUAUAAACAAAAAUGAAAAUUCUAUAAAUAUUGUAUAAAAAGAGGUCCAUGAAUCAGUUUCUAAAUUUGAGUUUUCAUGUAACGGAGUAAACAUUACAAACAGUGGAGUUUUAUUAUAAAGGUUCAUUGGGUUUUGUUAUUUAUUCCGGUACUCUACAGGACUAGACACAGUGAAGACAUGAGAACAGGGAUUUGUCUGUAUUACAAACUAAAUCUCUAGCUAUUCAGAACUGUCCUUACUGCCUUGUUUCUCUGAUAAGGUAUCCAAAUCAGCUUGCAUUGUAAGUUCGUAUAGUGGGCAUAUGUACAAAACAUGUUAUUUUUAUUAUACAGUGCUGUGCUAAAUAGUUAUUAUGCUAUACUUUCUGUAAUAGUGCAAUGGAACACCAAGAUAUAAGGAAGUGUGAAACUGAGUUGAAACUGUCUUUACAGUUGCCUCACUACUACUUAGUGUGUUUGGUGCAUGAAGUGGUCCACACGGCUUUCUUGAGAAAUCAUGGCAUUGUGCUGAAGCAUUGCCAUAGUCUGCUGCAAGAUCAGCAGAGAUACAGUUAGCACAACCUGAUGAAAGCAGACAGCUGGGAGUUGAAGCGAGAGUAUCAGCCUCAAGAGCUGAGCUCACAACUCUGGUUUUAUGAAUUAAGGGGAGUUUUUUUUGUAACCAGAUCUAAGUUUUCUCAGACUGUUAUAAAACAAAAAAAAAAGUGCAUUAUGAAUCCAAGAGAACAGUUCAGCUCUUUCAGGGCCAACAGCCUCCUUCUUGGAUGAGUAUGCAAUUAGACAGACAAAGCAUGUUAUUUAGUUUAAGAUUCUAGAAUGAUCUCUCAGCCAAGAAAGAAUUUUAAAGCAGAAUAAUAAACUCCAGAAAUUAGCUUUAUUGUAAAAUUACUGACAGAACCUUAAUUCUAGAUGUAGAAUAUGCCUACAUGACUAGAUGUACCAAAGUGCCUACCAUAGAUGUAGCUUUUUGUCAUUUUCAAAUUUAAGAAUUGACUCAUUUCAGUUUGUCUAAAUUCAGUUCAGUAUGAACAUUUGUCACACGGACAUGACAUACAUACAUCUCUAUACAGUGAUGGCCUUCUUAUUGCCACAUUUUGAACAAGACAAUUUUAGCAAACAAGCCUGUGUUGUAAAUUUUGCUGCUGUUACUUUCUGAUGGAUGGGCAGUAGAAAGAGGCUGUUUGUAAGCAAACAUUUCUUUUUGAAGGCUUCACUCUAUUAGAAUGUAUGAGUGUCUCUAUAUAUGUAUACACUCACCUGUUCAUGUUAGAUUCUCUUUGCUAGUUCUCCAUUAAAAUGUUAGGAAUGGAAAGACAGAGAAUGAUUGUUAAUGCAGUUGAAAUGCAGAGAGCGAAAGCUGUUGUAGCUAAGAGUAGCACAGUUUGUCUGUGCUGUCUUUUGCCUUGGUUCAGUGGUUCAGCCAGAGGUGGAAGGACUUUGGGUCUGCAUCUUGGCCAGCGACUCUACCAGAGUCUACAAAUAAGUCAUUAGAGUGACUUGGUGUUUCACAUUUUAAGUGAGGUGUGAGGACAGAUGUUAGACGUUUCUUCACUUAAAGAAAAAAAAGUGUGUAUUUUGUCUUCUGAAGUCUCCAGAGGAAAAGAUUUAGUGUUUGGGUAAAUGCAGAAUGAUAUCACGAAGUCAAGAAGUGAAUGAAUUAUGUAGGACAGAUUUUCAAAAUAGCUCAGGACCCCACAUUAGGAGUAGGAUCUUGAAGUGCAGUUCCCAUUUAGGAAUCUAAAAUGAAGAAAGAGAAUUUUUUUUGUAAUUUAGUGAGAUUAAUUCCAAUUGACAGUAAACAGUCGUGGAUGCCAAACUAUUUAGAAGUGUUCUCCGCUGUGAAUUUGGAUCAGAAUAUAACUGGCUGUUCUAGAUAAUGGAAUCAAACCUCUGUAUCAUAGUUACCAAGUUCUAAGUGUUCUGUUCGAACGGACGAAGUAAGGACAAACACUAUUCCUCUGGAUAUUGCACCUCAUUAUCAAGUCAAUGUAUUCGGAAUCAACUGAUAUCUGUUCAUGUAGUUCUUGUUUAUUCUGUGCCUUAAAAUAUGACCAUAUGAAGAAGUUUAAGAAGUGGCUAAAACUGAGCUUUGUUACCUGUAUGUACCAACAUGUUCUCUACUACUGAAACUGUUUUCAGAAUUACUCUGCUUCACUGAUGAGAAAACCAGCUCUCUUUUACCGCAGCGGUAUAACCCAAACUCAAAUCAGCAUGCGUAUCACGUGAGUUUGGAAUAAAAGAAUUUUAAUUUUAUGUCUUGAAUCCUUUAUCAGAGCUGCAGCUAAUGAUGAGAGUUGAAUGAGAACAAAGGGUAAUCAAUUUUGUACAGAUUGCCUUUUUUGCUCAUGUAAUUCUACAUUAUGAUGCAUGUAUUUAUUCAAUAAAUGGUUCAUACGAAA